AAAUACAGUAGUGGCAUGCAUUACGUGCGCAACGAUCCCGAUGUCACAGUCUUAUUUUCAGCUAAUUUCCCGCUAUUGACGUAGAAUCUUGAUUUCCAUCAUCCAUGCAAGCUGCCCAGGCUGUAGACAGAAAUGACACUUGCGUGAAUAGGAAACCACCAUUCGCUCGAUCGGAUCCCUACAGUACAAUUUCUUUCUUGAAUUAUUCCCAUCGGCCACCAGGCCAUGCCACUCCACAGGUCACACGUUAGCCUGUAGGCCUAAUCUGUAGUAGCGCUUAACUGUAAACAAGCUUGUGCAUGCGGAUAUCGGAUGAACGAGUGGUUUCCAAAACCACGAUAUAGUCAUAGAAAAUAACCAUCUGGAAGUCUUGCUGGGGUUAUCAUUCAUGUACCUUUCCAGCGGACUGAGUUUCUGUCGAAUGAGAAGGACGUCUUGCACCAUGGAUGGAUUCUGCCUUCUCUAUCUGCUCAUGAUCCUCCUGAUGAGAUCUGGUGAUGUUGAAACCAACCCUGGACCAGACAGGAUUGUCAGUGAGGAGGAGUUUAUAAAGCUGUCUAAGAUGAUUGAACCUACCUACUACAAAGAGGUGGGCGUUAACCUGGAGAUCCCCAAUGCAGAGCUUGGUCAAAUCAUUGUGCAGCAUUUGCUAAAUACAAAUGAUGCAUUGAUGACAGUGUUCACAAGAUGGAGAGACAAACAGCCUCUAGGCACAGACAUCAGGGCUCUUCUUGCAGAGGGAUUAGAAAGAAGUAACUUAGGGUCCCUCUCUGGCGAACUACUUGCUGGCAGUCUAGUCCUGAAGCAGACAGGUGAGAAAAAGAAGGAAAUCAUGUCGGCUGCCUGCAUGAAGGCCUUUACUGCCAUUGAUAAUGUAUUGCUCUUGCAGGCAGCCAACAAACACUGUUUUGACACUUUCUCAUUUGGUACAAAUAGGAUUAUUUUAUAG